UCCUGGUCUGACAGAUCAUGUGACCCUCCCUCAGUGAGCACACACACACAAACACGUACCCAGACCACCGUGUUUGGGUCCUGGUUGAUCUACUACUGUUCCGCGAUGCAGAACGUGUUUAACUCGGUGAAGGGUACGGCGCUGGGCGUCGCGGAGUUCCUAACCCCGGUGUUGAAGGAAUCCAAAUUCAAAGAGACCGGAGUCAUCACACCAGAGGAGUUUGUAGCUGCUGGCGAUCACCUGGUCCACCACUGUCCCACAUGGAAAUGGGCGGCGGGGGAGGAGUCGAAGGUGAAGCCGUACCUGCCCUCGGACAAACAGUUCCUCCUCACGCGCAACGUCCCGUGCUACAAGCGCUGUAAGCAGAUGGAGUAUUGUGACGAGCUGGAGGCAAUCAUCGAGGAGGACGAUGGGGACGGAGGCUGGGUGGACACCUACCACAACGCAGGUUUGCUUGGGGUCACGGAUGCUGUCAGAGACAUCUCACUGGAAAAUAAGGACAACCAGAACGUGAAGCUCGGGGGCCAUGGCAACGGAGGCGGCGACGAUGACGACGAUGACGAGGAGGAAGACGGGGAGGCGGCCGAUAUGGAAGAGUAUGAGGAGAGCGGUCUGUUGGAAACGGACGAAGCGACGUUGGACAUGAGCAAAAUGGCAGACUCCUUCAAAGCCAAAAUGGACACCGGUGGUGAGGACGCCAUCCUGCAGACCCGGACAUACGACCUCUACAUCACCUACGACAAAUACUACCAGACCCCGCGGCUCUGGCUGUUCGGCUACGACGAGGACCGACAGCCCCUUACGGUGGACCAGAUGUAUGAGGACAUCAGCCAGGACCACGUAAAGAAGACGGUGACCAUCGAGAACCACCCCAACCUGCCCCCCCCUGCCAUGUGCUCCGUCCACCCUUGCAGACACGCGGAGGUGAUGAAGAAGAUCAUCGAGACCGUGGCGGAAGGCGGUGGGGAGCUCGGAGUCCACAUGUACCUCCUGAUCUUCCUCAAGUUCGUGCAGGCGGUCAUCCCCACCAUAGAGUACGACUACACGCGGCACUUCACCAUGUAGCGCCCAGCGGUGACCCCCCAUGGCCCCCAAUGCCCGCAGGAUCUAGCUAGCAAAACAAGGAGUGUGUCGGGAGAAGUCUGCCCCCCAGUCUCCAGGAUUUGGUGCUGAAGGAGUUUGCGUCUCGGGUGAUGACUUUGUGGAGUGAAGGGGGGCUGACUCUUCUGAAUCGGGGGAACUUUGACAAGCAACGAGCGACAUUCGUUUUGCUGACCAAUAGUGUCGUGUUGUGGCAUUUUGUUGUUUACUUGUUUUUCUAUGUUCAGAUUUAAUCUUGAUUUCUGCUGGUUUAGCAUCGAUUUUGUUCAACAUAAUAAAACAAAGGCCCUCUCCAGAAACUUUAAAAUGCUAUGUAUAUUAAGGACUAAUAUAAUCAUACAGUUAUCCCUGUGGGCGGGGCUUGAGUCUAUCCAUCCCUCAGAUUUGUCGCAAACUAAUCCAGAGCAUGCCCAUUGGCCACAGCUUUCCAACAGUCACCUAUAACCACUAAUACUAUCUUAACAAUAAUACAUGAAAUAUAUUGAUAUCGAACAUCACCGCACAAACUGAAUACCAAGUCAACCGUUACAUGGGGCUUCUGAACCAAAUCACAUUGUGUGUUGGUGUUGGUUUAACCCCAGAAGGGUCGUUUAAACGUCAUCCAUAGUGGUUGCUCUCAGCCUGGAACUCAUCAAAGCUGGAGUGGUUACGUUUGGUUGUCAUGCCGACUGUCUUAAAGCUUCGUUCUUCUGAAUGUGUCUCUGUCCGAUCUCUUUCUGUCCGACGUCGGGGAUCUCGCUAUCGUCCCCUCCAUCCUCUCCUUCGUUUCUUCCAGGGAAAUAUUUGUGUUUACAUGGUUUGGGGUGUCUCCUCCAGUUCUGAAUUUCCUUCCUUGCUUCUUGCUCGUUUUAGUUAAACUCUGCGUCCCGGCUGAAGUGUAACAACGUCCCAAACCAAACGCAGUCGUCGGUUACUGUCCCGUCGGGACACACCACUCUUCUCUCUUUUCUCUCUCCCUCUCUCUCCUCCUUCUCUCCACCUUCCUUCCUUCCCUCCCUCGCUCUCUCCUUUCCUCCCUCUCUCUCUCUUCCGUUCCUUCCCUCCCUCUCUUCUUCCUUCCUUCCUUCCUUUCCUCUCCACCUUCCCUCUCUUUCUCUCCCCCUUUCUUCCCCCGUCUCUCUCUCUCUCUCUCCUUCCUUCCUUCCUUCUUUCCUUCCCUCCCUCCCUCCCUCCCUCCUCCAUCUCCCCAUUAUUCCCUCUCCCCUUCAUCUCAAAGGGGUUGACGGUGCAAUUCCCUGACCCAAUACACAGUACUAUCUAUACUCCUGGCUGCUGACUGAACGCCCCAUCACCUGGUUCUAUCGGCUCAAUCCUUGUAAAUUAUACUCUGUGCUGCCCCCCCCCUCCCCUCUCUAUAUCUAUAAGGUUGGCUGUUAACAGCCGAUCGUUUUAAAGUUAUGUACAUUUAUCAAUAAAUAUUUCUCCAAAUACCGCCGGUGUCAUGUGUUUUUGAUUUGAUUUGAUUUUGAUAGUGAAUGCUAAUUAGCAUGAUAUUAUUGUUAUGAUUAUGGUUCUAAAUGCGAAGAAGGAUCCCAAAUAUUUUUGUGUAAAACUUUGAAUAUAA